CUGUAUGUUAGUCAUCCUAAGCAACUCAAACGGAACGCGGCCUUUUAUUGAAAAGGGAAAGUGAACGUUUCGAGUCGAAUCGUAAAACUGUAGUGCACUGCAUCGAAAUUCUUGUAUUUUUUGCUUAUUAAAUAUUUUUAGUGUUUAGUUUAUGAAGCCUUAUUUAAUAUGGGUGCCUCUAACAUGGAUGGAUGUGGGAAUUUCAUGAAAUACAGCUUGUUUUUUGUGAAUUUGGUAAUUUUUGGGGGUGGAAUCAUAGCAUCUGCUCUAGGAAUUUGGAUCUUGGCGGACAAGUCUUUCGCAAACGAACUUCUAGGAACGAACCUUUAUUCAGGAUCAGCGUACGUUUUAGUGAUCACCGGAAUCCUAGUAGUGUUGAUUUCUUGCCUAGGAUGUUUAGGAUCCAUUAAGGAAAUCAGAUGUAUGUUAGUUAUUUAUUUUACGUCUCUUUUCUUAAUAUUCGUCACGAUGCUAAUUGGGGGAAUAUUGGGAUACAUAUUUCGAGAAAAAGUGGAGAAAACUAUCCGCCUUGGAAUGGACCGAUCUUUAAGCGAUUAUAGGAGUGAUCCGGUUAUUACUGCAGCUUGGGAUAACACUCAAAAAACAUUGGAGUGUUGUGGAGUUAAUGGAUACGAUGAUUGGAAAGACAGAAUACCGGAUUCGUGUUGUAGGCUGACACCCAAUGGUAAACCUUUAGCGUGUCAGCAAAUAGAGGAGAAAAACAAAUUUACUAUCCACUUGGACGGUUGUUUGACUAUUACUAAAAAUUUUGUGAAAAACCACGCUCUCAUCAUUGGAACAGCCGGUGUAGUAUUGUCUAGUUUGCUGAUUUUAGGAAUGAUCUUCUCCUGUGCACUUUUCAAGUUAAUUAAGUAACACUGAUGUUUGUAUAUAAGAAGAAAAUGUAUAUUUUUGUUACCAGUACUAUUUAAGAGUCAAAUAAAACAAUGAUUAAAAUUAAUAAA